AUGCCUUUUCUCUCACUCCUGACCCACGCGUCCGACUCACAGAAACCCAACGUCUCCGCCAACACACGCACCACAGCCAAAGACGUCAAGGAACCCACAUCCGAUCAUACAACGGCCCAACGUAGACACCAUGGGUUCCUCCCCCUCCUCCUCAAAAGAGCCAGCCCCACCACCACCCCCCCGGUCCUAGACCGCAAGUGA